AUGAGCCUGCGCAGCGUCGUGUGGCUUGUGGCUGCGCAACUCGGGGGAGGCAGUGUCCUGCCGGAAGACGAAUGUAGCGAAACCGCGCUGUCGAUGCUUCAAGGAAGGGCCUCCAAAGCACGUCCUCCGAGCGCCAGCCACGUCCUGGAGUUGGAGUACUCGUCCGGGAGGCUGCUGCUUCACGUGCAGGCUGGUGCGCUGCCUGCGCAGAGGCUGCUUCUCGACACCGGGUCCUCCACCGUGGCCUUUUGCAACGUGAGUCUGCCAGAGACGCUGCCUGGUGCGAAGAAGACCCAUUUCAACGCGUGCGAGCAGUAUGGUCCGUCCACCGCCAUGGGCUACUUCCGGGAUGGCUACGUGGGCCCUUUCUUCCAGGGCGACUUGAGCAUUCAGGGGCUGGAGAUUCCGGAUGCCAUGUUUGCGGUAUUUGGCCAGGGGUCCUGUGCACCCUCCAUGUGUGCAGAUCACCCCAGCCAGGGCAUCUUCGGUGUGGCCUACCGCCAGCGCAACAAGAUUUUUCCUUCCACGGUCGACCUCUCCAGUGCAUGUGUAAGAACAAGCAGCGAGAUCGAGAUACUCUGCCCAACAACCACUGCAUCUUUCGUGCCACCUGUGAUGCAGGAGCUGCGACAGACAUCCGACGGAUCGGAAAUCUUCGGGAUCUAUUGGUCCGGACUCGCAAGUGGGAGCAUGUACUUGGGCCCAGCAGCGGUCGAAACGAAGAACUUCGAUCCUUCGGCGCCCGAGGCCAUGUUGUUAGAUUCUGGCGCUGGUGCGUCGGGAUGGUACAACGUAAAUGUGUUGAGGAUCCUCGUCGGAGGCACCGAGUACGAGGGGGUCGACUGCACCAAACACUCCCGGGCGUGCAUCGUAGACACGGGCACUCCCGCGUUCUUGCUGCCCGCCGGGGUGUCCCUGGACUCUUCGAGCUGGCUCUGGGAGUCUCCCAAGCUGGAGGUCCACUUACAGGGUGUGGCCGGAGGAGACGUCGUCCUGGACUUUGACCUGGAGCCCUGGCUCUCUCAAAACAUGGUGGGGACGCUGGGCGCCCCCGAGGCCUUCUGGGAUCCCCUGAUGGUGCUGGGCCUCCCCCUGUGGUCGCGCUACUACACCAUGUUCAACCUCACGGCCAACACGGUGUCCUUCACCCCGCACGCGCAGCCGAGAUCUGGCUGA